CCCUUCCUCUCUUUUUGUUCACCCCCCGAGCCCUUCGGCUUCUCCUUGAUAUUCAUACAAUCCUAUUAUCAUGCCGGGGUCAGAAUUACCAACGAUCAAAGUCUUGAUUACGCCUGAGUACAGCUUGGCUCAACAUGUCACCGGCCUUCUUGUCGAUCUGACUGUGCCAUCUGACCAAGUUCGCCAACUUCCAGAAUAUAGUGAACUGCUUUCUUUCACGAAUAGUUUCAGCGCAUCAAGUGAUUCAGAUGAAGAAGAAGAUACAGGACAAGCUUUUGACACACUUGCACAAUUGCUCAUCCUUGCUAAAUCCCGCUUUGAAAACUCCAAUAUCGAAUGGGUGGAAGGAAGAUCAACGCCGGAGUACAUGCGGCUAAUAUGCCGUGCUUCUCCGUUGGAGCUCGAUCAAAAAGGCACACGCGAGUCCGCGGUCGACCUUCGCUGUGAUCAAGGAGGACUCUUGGGUUCAGGAAUAGCAUUCAUCCCUUUGCCUGCAAGCGAGGAGAUCUGCCGAAUUGUUGUGGCAUGGGAUCUCAGCAAAGCACCUUCAGGAACACGAGCAGUAUGGACAUUUGGUGAAGGUCCAGAUCCUGUGGAGAUGACGGGUCCUUCCUCGAUAUUGUGUGAGUCAGUCUACAUGGUCGGAAAGAUCCAAAGUAAUCCAUCUGCUGCCCUCCCCUGGACCCUGCCAGAUUACUAUGGUUUUUACUGGUUUGGUGAUCUACCACCCAAUAUCCAAGCCAUCAGAGAUAUCCACUACGAAUUCCUCCUGAAGGUAUCGGAAUUCUUCCAAGAUCCUCCAUCUGCGAGUAAUCCGUAUCGAGCUUUCGUGCGAAACAAUGGCGCAGUUAUGAGCUUUGGAGGGACCGGCUUUACUCGAAGCCAUAUCUUUGACUAUGAUGACCAAAUCGCACAAGCGCAUGACUAUGACCUUGUCCGACGUAUGUCCUACGAGAUGGUUCAUAACUGGCUUGGACCCCCAUCGACCGAUGAUACCAUAGAUUGGCUUUACGAAGGAAUCAGCAAUCUUCUCUCCCUUUAUCUUCCUUCCCGCAAUGGCUUCCGAACAGAUGACUACUUCACGUCAACUUUUAACACGCUUUGCAUGAAAUACUACACCAAUCCCCUCCUUCGCGUCCCGCUUGCCGACCUUAUGAUACUCGCACCAACCAACGACUACGCAAAGGAGAUGAUUGCUGCAAGAGCUUGGGCUUUCGUUGCCGGGACAGAUUUCCGGGCUCGGGAACUGUCCGAAUUGAAGCGACCAGUCGAAGAUCUUUCUAUCAAAGUUCUAGCGAAGAAGAGAGCAAGGGGCGAGGAGCAUGGCAUAUGGGAAUGGAUGGAUCUGCUGCAUCCGCUCAUGGGCGAGGAAGUCGUGGGGAGAUAUAAGAGUAUGCUCGGAGGGUCAGUCAUCUUACUGCCGGUUGAAAUCUCUGAUGUGAAGUCCUACCGUCUGAGACCUGUUCAGCAGGAAGUCUUGGAUUUUGGGAUGGACAGGGAAAGCUUUGAGAAGGGGAUGAUUAGUGGCUUGAAGCUGGGGGGCAGAGCUGCAAACGCGGGAUUGAGAGAAGGGGAUAAGAUCAUCUGGAGCUCUCAUCUCUGGAAGUGUGUGGAUGAUUUCCAGGCACAUAUGGAACUUGUUGUUCGGAGUGGUGGGGUGGAGAAGAGAGUUAGAUAUUGGCCAAGAUCAUUUGCCAAGGUGGAUAGUUGGCAGAUAGUCAAGGUUGAGGACCAAGAUGUAUCUACACCUCCAGUAGGUGGAGGAUGAGUUAGAAGAAAAGAGUAAGGAGGCUGGGUUCAGAGAAUGAUUCCGUGUUCAGACAAAUAGCUCUCUGUAGCAAUAUGAGCCGAGUUCGCCGCCA